UAAGCCUCCCCUUGUUAAUCCUCCCUCAACCACUCUUUCCUUUUCCUCCCUCUUUGGGAAGAGGAGAAAGACAAGUAGAGAGAAAGAGAGAGAGAGACCACCCACUAAUCCUCUUAAUUAAGGCUUAACUAAAGGCAUAAUCUUGUGUUGUUCUAGUCAUAAUUAAGGCCACUCCCUCCUAAUGUGUUAAGCCACACCCUUUCUUCCUCCUCUUCUUCUUCUUCUUCUUCUUCUUCUUCCUAUCCCUGUUGCUUCCUGCCCCUCCCCUCCUUCCUCUCUCUCCUCGACGAGGUCUCCCGGCGGCGCGAUGUCUGGCGGCGGCGAGGUGUCGGGGAGGGCGCCGCGGCUGCCGAGGUGGACGAGGCAGGAGAUACUGGUGCUGAUAGAGGGGAAGCGGGUGGUGGAGGGGCGAGGGAGGGGGAGGGGGCGGGGCGGCGGCGGCGGCGCCGCCGCGGAGCCGACCAAGUGGGCGGCGGUGGCGGAGUACUGCCGGCGGCACGGGCUGGAGCGGGGCCCCGUGCAGUGCCGGAAGCGGUGGAGCAACCUCGCCGGCGACUACAAGAAGAUCAGGGAGUGGGAGCGCUCGCUGUCGUCGCCGUCGUCGUCGUCGGCGGCGGCGGGGAUGGGGAAGGAGGUGUCGUUCUGGGCGAUGCGCAACGACGCGCGGCGGGAGCGGCGGCUGCCGGGGUUCUUCGACCGGGAGGUGUACGACAUCCUCGAGGGCCGCGGCGGCGGUAAUGCGGCGGCGGCGGCGGCGGCGGGGAAGGAGGGGGAGGAGGAGAAGGCGGCGGUGUUCGACAGCGGCCGCGCCGCGGCCGGCGGCGGCGGCGGCGGCGGGGAUGAUGGGCUCUUCUCGUCGUCGGAGGAAGAGGAGGACGACGACGAGGCGACCCCGCCGGCGACCACCCCGGCCGCUGCCCCGGCCCCACCUCCGGCUCCGGCGCCGGCGGUGCCCGUCCUGACAUCCGAGAAGAAGAGUGAUCCACCUAGGCAAGAUGCCUCAGAGCAAGCGGGGACGUCCAGAGCCAAGCAACCGGAACAAAUUGUCGAGGACUCACCAGCUCAGGGCGCGCACAAGAGGCAGCGCAGCGACGACGCCUCAGGAGAAGCUCCUGAUCUGCAGGGGCAGCUGAUCGAAAUCCUAGACCGGAGCAGCCGGAUGGUUGCAGCCCAGCUGGAGGCGCAGAACAUCAACUGCCAACUGGACAGGGAGCAGAGGAAGGACCAAGUGAGCAGCCUACUUGGUGUGCUUGGCAAGGUGGCUGAUGCCCUAUACAGAAUCGCUGAUAAGAUGUAGCCGCCACUGUAGAUGUCUUGAGCUCGGUAAAUAAUUCAUUACUCCCUGAAAGAAGAAAAAGAAGGAAAAUGCAUGGGGUUAUAUUCAGAAUGUACAGAUUGAUAUAGGGUUCUUUUGCAAUUCAGUUUCUCUCUCUUGCCAUUGGUUCUGAAGAAGAAAAUGAGCUGUUUUUUUCUCUUGGGAGAUGUAUGAGCCAACAGCAUUUAAACGAUCUUUUUUAUCUGUACAUACGAUGACCUAACAUUGUGUUUUAAGAUGGAUCUUGGUUCUGAGGAAGUGAGGUCACCUGCAAGUGCAUA